CAUAGCCACAUCCCUGUAUUUGUUCGUUUAGACUUUCAAAAAGCGCUACUGUGUCUACCUUCACUUUACUUGCGUUUUACAUUUCAUAUAAAGCGGUUUAAAAGUUGGAUAUAUAUACUUGAAAAUAAUAUGGAUAUUUCUAUGGCAGAACUUAAACGAACACACAGACGUGAGAGUUACAGAUGGAUCUUUCUUUUGAUUGCUACAGCAGUGACAAUGAUUGAUUUUGGUCUUGUGUUUUCUUUCGGUGCCAUGUUUGUUACAAUGAUGGAGACCUUUAAUACAGAUCGCGCUGCAACAGCAACUGUACAGUCCAUUCUUACUGGAGUCACACUAGGCUUUGGUGCCGUCAGUGGAGUCAUCAUAUCUAAAGUAGGACUACCAAUAGCAACGUUUCUAGCGAGCGUGAUGGUUUCAUUGGGGUUUUGCUUAUUAUUCUUUGCUAAAGAGGUUGUAAUUAUCUGUCUCACUAUCGGACUUGUCUCUGGUAUAGGUAUAUCUUUGGCAUACAUCAGUUGUGUCGUGGCUAUUGACCGUGACUUUUCUGCAUCCCAAAGGACCUUAUGCUUAUCGAUACUGAACACUUCGUAUGUUGCUGCUUCUAUUGCGUAUCCAUAUUGUUUAGAAUAGUUAACAGAACAAUAUGGUCUAAAAGUGACCUUUCUAAUUCUUGGCGGAUUCACUCUAAACACAAUAGUUUUAUUUGUAAUGUGUUUUAUAAAUAGAGAUAAAUCCAAAAAUAACAAAACAUUUCCUCGUAAUGACUAUGAAAUUGAUUACUAUGUUUUAUUAAAGAAAACAGAGCCCUUCAAAUUCUUACGAUACAGGAUAUCGAAUAAAUUUCUUAAUUUUAAGAAAUAUUUGUCAACACCCUAUCUUUUCAUACUUGUUGCAACUGGAAUUUUACUCAGUUCUUUAGAUGGAUAUUUAGCCCUGAUGCUUGACAUUGCUUUAUGGAAACAGAUUGAUUAUUCAAGUGCACUGCUGUCUUUUGUGAUAUAUUCAAGUUUUUCUGCCGGUUCGUAUCUUGUUCCUGGUAAUUAAAACAAAAGAAAGGAAUAACCUCUUGCGUAUAUCCUGUAUUUUCAUCCCUGGUCGGAGCUAUAGGUCAGAUGAUUAUAUAUUUUGAAAAUGAUCAUAUUACAUUCAUGACUGGAACUUCUCUGGUUGGUGUUGGGUGUGGUGGAAUAGUGUCGUCUUCAAUGAAUGCAGCUGUAAAAAUAGUAGAGAAAGAAUUUGUGCCUGUCGCAAUCGGAUUACUUUUUACUAUCGAAGGAUUGCUUGCAAUAGGUACCGGACCUUUGUUUGGUUGGAUAAGAGAUACAACUGAUUCCUACGGAAGUGUUCUUAUAACAAUGAUGACUGUAGAUGGAGUUUCUGCUGUCCUGUACAUGUUAGCGUGGAUAUUCCGAAGUCUUGACAAAAAUAAGGCUAAACAAAUAAUAUUCAACUUACAGAAAGUCCAGAAAGAAAUAUGAACGACGCUCUGUUGGUUUGAGUUCAAAAUGCAACAUUUUAUGUACUGGUAUUUCCCCAGUUGAGUUAUUUACUUUAAUGUGAGUUGCAAAAUAAAAGGAUGUCAGUUUUCAUUUUUAUAUAUGAAAUUUCAAUUUAAUUUUUAGUCAGGAAGAGUUUCAAAACUAAAGAUCUAAAACUAAAUGUAUUGAUCAUACGCGGCUUUUCAUUGAAUUGCACACUAGUGUAUCAUUGCAGAUUCCAUGUACAUCGCCGUACGAACACAUACAUUUGUAGAUGUCUUUUAUUAUUUUUUUGUACUUGGUACAUUUGUAAAUGUUGAGUUCUGCUCAACCCGGGGCUAGAGGGCACGGACGGUAGCAUGCAUUUCCACUUCCGUCCAUGAAUAUAUCCCUUUUUGUCGUGUUGAGCGACAUGCGGAGUUAAACCCCUCGAACUAAAUAUUGAUUUCAGAACAAGGGAAAUUAAGAUCAAAGUUGCUAAUGUAUAUUUAAAAAAAAUACUAAUGAAAAAAAGGAUUUGGAAAUACAUGUAUAUGGGAAAAGCAAUCUGAAAUGAACAGAAAAUGAUUAAAGAUCAAUAUUUACAAUAAUGGAAUGAUUUAAUAUCAAAACCAACUAGUAGUUAUAACCAUAAAUUAUUUAAAGACAAAUUUGAAAUAAACAGGUAUUUUUACUCCCUUCCUAAUUAUUUAUGUAAAAUUAUAACAGCCUUUCCAACAAGAAAUUAUAGACUGACAGGUGUUCCAUCAUCUGAAUGGAAAUGUUUUCUUUGUAGCCUUAACGAACUUAGAGAUGAAUUUCAUUAUUUACUUUCUUGUUAUUUCUUUAUUGAUCAAAGAAAACAACGUGUUAAACAAUAAUCCAAAUGUUAUAAAAUUCUAACAGCUGUUGAACACUGAAAACAAAUAUGAAUUUAUUCGACAAUGUACAUUUUUUAUAAUAUUUAGUAUGAAAACUGUAAGAAAUAACCAUUAACAAUAUCCAAAUGUAAUUUUUUUAAUUUCAUUAAAUAUAUGAAUACUUCUCUCUAUUUCAACUUUAAUCGUUACAAUGCUAUGUUAGAUUAUUGUGUUAAUACUUGUUCCAUUUUUAUGUUGUGUUCAUUUACUCUGCUUGAAUCAUUAUUAUGCUAUGUUUGUAUUUUAUGCUAGAAUUAAGACUGUACUAUGUUUUGUUUACCAUAUUUAUUCUAGAAUUAUUACUAUGCUAAGUUUUUACCAUAUUUAUACUAGAAUUAAUACUGUGCUAUGUUUGUUUAAAAUAUUGAUAUAUUGAUGCUAGAAUUAAUACUAUGCUAUGUUGUUUACCAUAUUUAUGCUAGAAUGAAUACUGUGUUAUGUUUGUUUACCAUAUUUAUGCUAGAAAUAAUGCUUUGCUACUUUUGUUUAAAAUAUUUAUGCUACAAUUAAUACAGUAACUAUGCUAUGUUUGUUUACCAUUAUAUAUGCUAAAAUAAAUACUAUGCUAUGUUUUCCUUUACCAUAUUUAUGCUAGAAUUAAUACUAUGCUGUGUUUGUAUAUCAUAUUUCUGCUAUAAUUAUUACUAUGACAUGUCUGUUAAUCACUCGUAUGAUAGAAUCAUUAUAAUAUGCUAUACAAUGUAUUUGAUAAUUGCAUUUAAGCUUGAAUUAUUAUCAUGCUACGUUUAUUUACCGUAUCAAUGCUACAAAUCUUAUUGUGAUAUAUUUGAUCUCUUCUUUACAGCAUUAAUGCUGGAAACAUUAUAUAAUGUUUGUUUAUAACAACACUGAUAUUUCAUAUAAACUUUAGUCUGCUCACUACUAUAAUGUUGAUGGGAGACUAUGUGUAAAUUUCACUAUAAUUAUAACAUUACUGUUACCAAGCUACACUAAAACCAAUGAGUCACCAUUGCUGUUUACCAAUUUUUAAUCACAUUGUUAGAUAUCUGUUAGAUAGAUCUAGAGACUAGGUACAUUAGCAAUAAGCAAUGUUUCAAGACUUUAUGUUUUAAACAUUUUAGUUCCUUAAAUGAAAAAUCUAAAAUACUCACAAACUAGCUGUCAGUGUCACAACCAUGAUUCUUGUACCAAACGUCUUAACCGGCAUAGACUUUAAAUUCGUUCUAAGAAUUAAGAACAUAUUACAGUGACAGCAAGCUACUGUACACUACACAAAACACGAGGCACUUAACAAGAAACUUAAAUACACAUUUUUGACUGCAUAUUUUGAGAAAAAAAAAACACAUUACCACUUAACAGUAAGUAUCAUCAAUUUCUUUUGAAACAGCGUAGUAAGACCAUUUUAAAGGACAAGGAAGGUCUCACAAUAAGUUAAUUUCAUAUGAAAGCCAUCCUCAAGCCUUUCAUAACGCUGAAAGAUUUUUUUAAAAUCGGACCACUAUUAAAAAAGGUAUGUGUCAGGAUACGAGUUAUAUGACCCAAGGUGACUAUGUUUUAGACUAGCUGACAAACAAUAUAGAAUGUCCUUUGUUAAAACGUAUAGCUGGUGAGACCAAAUAUCUCAUAUAUAAAUUUUCCUCUGGCUACCUUGCCUAAAUGAUUCGUGUACCAAUGAUUCGUAAAUGAUUUUCAAGUAUGAGCUAGAUAAUUUCAGGGAUCAGGCAAAUCACUAAAUGUUUCAAACUAACACUCUUCAAUUCAAUUAAUAGUGAUUAGCUCAAAUUCCUAUAGGCUGAAGACUCUCUACUUGACUGUCAGAAAAUGUCUUUGAAUCAGCAACAUACGAUUCCUAUCGUAUAGAUGCUCGGCCUCUGUCCUCUUAAUUGAAGUUGCAACUCUAUAUAAUUGCCCUGACUCCUGGAUGCCCAGCGCCUAUAUGCUAUCACAUGUAGCAUUUACCUACCAUAUAGGUAUAUCCCCGAUGCCUUGGCUGUACUUCGCCAAUAAAGCUGAACCGUCUAUAAGCUGGAACUCUCCUACUCUCAGUAGAUUACCAAACUCUGGGUCUCUGUCUCAGCUUUCCGAUGUUCAGCCUAUAUUUGUUGUAGUCUAUAGCAUUCAACUACCAUAAAUGUAAAACUCCUAUGCGCUGGCCCUAUAACUCGAAACCUUGUUGAAAUUCUGCAACUCUUCUUUAGUCUAUGAACUUCAAACUUCUUCUUUUUUAAUAAUUUAUCCGCCCUGACAGGGUAGUUGCAAUAACCUCCUUCUCAAGGUACUGGGAUAAAUUAUUAGUUGAAUCCUCGAUGUGUCUUCUUCGAUCGCUGGAUACCGCUCUGUCAUCCAUCUACCUAUUUAUACCUCAGCAGACGUGCUAUUUUUAGAACUUGUUUCUGAUUGGUCCAAAUUUAAACAUAGCGUUUUACAACGAGUACUUGCUCUAUCAAAUAUUUGGUUCCCUUUAACUUUUGUAUAUGACAUAAUGUGUGAUGCUGGGAUCCAGCUAUCUACAUAAUGAACCAAAAUCAGCCAUAAAUGACCCAAAUUCUAUUAUUUACAUUAAUUCAACAAUAAUUAUAGCAAUGAGAACAUGAAAAGGGGGUCAAGCACUUAUCUGUGCUUAUGUGUUAUGCUAUCAAUAUAUUAAAUAUACAAAUUAUUCUGACAAAUAGCCCCCUUCUCAAGAAAAUACUUUCAGUUUUUCAAAAACUUAAGGAAUAAUUUGUAUUCAAAAUCUCCUUUUCUUUUUACUAUUUCUCUAUAUUCAUAAAUCAUAUAUCACUGCUAUCACUAACAUACAUUCAGCAAUAUACUGAUUAAAUAUGUAUCAAAGAUCAAACAUCUCUAAAAGACUCAACAUAAAGUAUAUGAUUUCAAGAAUAUUAUACAACGUUCAUCUUCUGACCUUUUUAUUUUACUAUCAUCAUGAAUGAUAUUCAUUUGUUUCUCUGAUCGUAAGAGUACUUGUCAUCUUUUCUGUUGACGUAAUAAUUGUUAUCACCAAAA